CUCUCUUAUGCAUUCCAUACUUCGCGCCCUGCUUUCGUGCAUAAGGCGAAUUCGGGCUCAACGGAAGAUCAUCGGCCGGACUCUGACCGUUCGGCGAGGUGGGACUCACUACAUGUCUCAGGGGGCAACAAGGAGGAGGGCGAGGCGGGUGACGACAGUUGGCUCAGCGACACUGAGACCAGCGCCUCAUCGAUCCUAGGGCUGAAUCCCGAAAGAGAACACUUGCGCAAACUGGUUAGCAAACACUUUUUGGAUACGGUAAGUUGGUUUCUCUGUCCAUCCACAGCUUGA